AAAGCGAGUUAUUGGGCCCGCCACGACGAUGGACGCAGUUGCAGGCAGUACACGUGCGAGAACGGCGCGUGUGCCAGGCGACGGUGUCGUCGACCCGAAGAACACGGCGCAGCAUUCGCCCGACACAUCUGGAGGCCGAGCCAGGGUGCAUUGCACAGAGCCGUUACCGUUGAGCCGGGCCGGAUUACAUCAGAAGCCGAUAAGACCUGUUGCGUGGGCUCCGGAGGUAUAGCGGCGGCGUCACCAUGAUCAGCUCCGGCACGAUCCCGUUCGUGAUCCCCAAGUGGGGCGCCUUCUUGUUGGCGCAGUUGCUGUCCAUGCUGCAGAUGAGCCAGCCACCCGACAUGAACUACUACCACACCGAGAAGCUGCACGAGGAGUACGACUACGUCAUCGUCGGUGGUGGUUCGGCGGGCUGCGUCCUGGCCAACCGACUCUCUGCCGACCCGGCGGUCACCGUCCUGCUGAUCGAGGCCGGCGGACCGGAAGACGCCACGACGGAAGUGCCUAUCUACGCGCUCCUCCAUUACCACGGACCCUACGACUGGAACUACGUCACCGAGCCGCAGGAGCACUCCUGUCUGUCUCUGAAGGACAAGCGCAGCCCGUGGCCGCGAGGGAAAGCUCUUGGUGGGAGCAGCGUCAUCAACUUCAUGCUAUACGUGCGGGGCAACCGGCGCGACUACGACAGCUGGGGCCACGACUACGGCGUCAAGGGAUGGAGCUACGACGAGGUGCUGCCCCACUUCAAGAACAUCGAGAAGUGCCACAUCAAGGCGUACUCGGACAACGGUUAUCAUGGUACAAGCGGUGAGAUGCCCUGUGCGUACGCUAACACCCACUCCCCUUUGAGUGACGUGUUCCUGGAAGCUGGCCAAGAACUAGGCUACCCCCUCGUCGACUACAACGGGCCCAGCCAGACAGGGUUUUCUCGAUUACAGACGAAUGUGCUGGGUGGGACCCGCCAUAGCGCGUGCAAGAACUUCAUCAAACCGGUGAUAGCACACCGGAGAAACCUGCACAUAUCUCUGUUGUCUCACGCCACCAAGGUGCUGUUCGAGAGCCACCGUGCCAUAGGCGUGCAGUUCGAGCACGGCGCGGACAAGAGGCAGGUGCGCGCCCGGCGGGAGGUGAUCAUAUCCGCGGGCGCCAUCGGCACUCCGCACUUGCUACUGCUCUCCGGCAUCGGACCCCGCAAGCAGCUCGAGGAGUUUGGGAUCCCCGUGGUGGCAGACCUGCCCGUGGGCGAGAACCUGCAGGACCACAUAUUCGUCGGCGGCAUCGCGGCGACCACCAAGAAGCGCGCCGAGCUCCAGCUCAACAGCGCCUCCAUCAUCAUCAACUACGCCUUCCGCAAGGAAGGGCCAUUCGCCGUACCGGCCGCCAUCGAGACGGUGGCCUUCGUCAGCACCUCCUACGUCAACGCCAGCCUGGACUUUCCGGACGUCGAAAUAGUGCUGCUCUCGGUGUCGCCGGCCAGCCAAGAAGGAGAACGCUUUAUGACCGACACCGGGCUCACAAAAGAGGCGUACGAGAAGUACUACAGCUCCAAGCGGCACCAGUACGGUUUCCAGCUGGCGCCCAUCCUGAACCGGCUGAAGUCUCGCGGAUACAUCCGGCUGCGCAGUACCGACCCGGAUGACGCGCCCAUUAUCGACCCCCGGUACUUCAGUCACCCUGAAGACAUCAAGGUGGCAGCGGAAGGCGCCCGCAUGGCGGUGGAGAUCCUGCGGACCGAGGCGUUCGCGAAGCUGGGCACCAAGCUGUGGAACGUCCCUUUCCCGGGGUGCGAGGAGGCCGGCGAGAUGUGGAGCGAGCCGUACCUGGAGUGCCUGGCGCGACACCACACCUCCACCGUGUGGCACCCGUGCUGCACGUGCCCCAUGGGGGAGGACCACCGGGCCGUCGUCGACAGCAGGCUCAGGGUACGCGGCGGAGUGGAGUCCCUGCGCGUGGUGGACGCUUCCGUGAUGCCCGCCAUCGUGACGGCAAACCUCAACGUCCCGGUGCACAUGAUCGCCGACAGGGCGGCCAUGCUCAUACGGGAGGACUACGGGGCCGCCUAUCCUUCGUCCAGCCAUUCCCGUCCCCGCAGUCCGAUCUCGAGAAUCCUGUCGUGGGCAUCGAGAACGUGAAACGAACCGUCGAUUAAAAUCACAACGCUCGCCAACCUUC